AUCUCUCCAUGCGAUGCUAUGUCUGCCACACCUCGUCAUGGCCCAUGCUGGGCUCCUGGAGAAAGACUCCACCCUCCCGAUAACCAGCAUCAAGUUACCCGAUUAAGGCCUAGCUGGUGUCUGUCGGAGGCCAAUUCAUGCCCUUCGCCUCAAGGCCCUGGGCAAUUUCACCCGCUGUGAGAGGCUCGCCUGCUUCGCUCUGCUUUUUUCUGUUCACCCCAGCUAGCGAUGGGAUGCAGGCCUUGAUUAAAACCCUCCGUUGGCAUUCUGCUAUGAAUACGGGCUGAUUGCCUCUCACUCCAAGUUGUCUUCCUCGUGUGUACUUCAACAUAUCUUCUCACCCGCAGCUAGGUCGCUUGCUGAGAGCAUCGGUGCCCUCGCGCAGCCUACCCACGAAGCCCAUUCGAACACCUCGGCCGGAAUCUGGUCCCUGGACGUCAUUGUACAUGCAGAUAAAUUCCACUUCACCCGUAUAACAUAUCCACGAUCCCGGCGCCAUCAUGACUGCAGACCGGAAUGCCAGCGUCACCUCGCAGGGAGGACACCGCAAGUCGGUUGCAGAAGAGCCUGUGACAUCUGUGCUCGCGGGCGGCGAGGUGCCCAUAUUUGAUCGAGAGUUGACUGCCGACGAGGAGGUGCUCGCGGCGCUUGGUUACGUCCCAGAAUUCAAGCGUGAAUUCUCGUUAUGGACCUCGUUUUGUGUUUCUUUCGCCGUCCUAGGCUUGCUUCCGUCCUUCGCUUCCACUCUCUAUUACGGCAUGGGCUAUGCUGGAACGCCCGGUAUGGUCUGGGGUUGGUUGAUUGCUAUGGCUUUCAUCCAGUGUGUUGCUAUGGGCAUGGCUGAGCUGUGCUCGUCCAUGCCCACGUCGGGUGGUCUGUACUACGCCGCGGCCGUGCUGGCUCCUCCAGGAUAUGGCCCCCUGGCUGCCUGGAUCACUGGUUGGUCGAAUUGGCUGGUCCAAGUCACAGGUGCGCCUUCAGUCGACUACGCAUUGGCCUCGAUGAUCCUCGCCGCCGGAUCCAUCCAAAAUCCCGACUUUAUCCCCCAGAACUACCAAGUAUUCCUUCUGACCACCCUGAUCAUGAUCCUCCAUGCUUGCAUCUCAUCCAUGCCCACCCGCUGGAUCGCGACGUUCAAUUCCUAUGGGAGCACGUUCAACAUUAUCGCAUUGGUCAUCACUAUCAUCACGAUUCCGGCGGCCACCAACCGUGAGUCCCAGGGACUGCCUCGUUUCACCAAAAGCAGCACCGUCUGGGGCAACUUCUACGAGGGAACGGACUUUCCCAAUGGGGUCGCUCUACUCAUGUCGUUCAUCGCCGUCAUCUGGACCAUGUCGGGAUACGAUGCGCCUUUCCAUCUUGCGGAGGAGUGCAGCAACGCGAAUAUUGCCAGCCCUCGGGCCAUCGUCCUGACCUCUGGCAUCGGCGGUGUCAUGGGUUGGUUCUUGCAAUUGGUCGUGGCUUAUACUGUGAUCAAUAUCGAUGACGUCCUCGAUUCAGAUAUCGGCCAGCCGUGGGCAUCCUACCUGAUGCAAAUCCUACCUAAGAACACGGCUCUGGCUCUGCUCUCCAUGACCAUUGUCUGCGGCUUCUCCAUGGGCCAGGGUUGCAUGAUCGCGGCAUCACGAGUCACCUUCGCUUACGCCCGUGAUAAUUGUUUCCCGUAUUCCAAUCUGUGGAAGCAAGUCAACCCGAUCACCAAAACCCCCGUUAAUGCCGUCUGGUUGAAUUGCGUGGUGGGGAUUCUUCUGACUCUGCUCCUCUUUGGAGGUGAGGCAUCCAUCGGCGCCAUUUUCAGCGUUGGCGCCAUUGCCGCAUUUGUGGCCUUCACCAUUCCCAUUACCAUUCGAACUUUCUUCGUCGGCAACCGCUUCCGUCGCGGACCAUGGCACCUUGGGAAAUUCUCGUAUCCUAUCGGUGUGGCAUCGACAUCCUUCACCCUGCUGAUGAUCCCCAUCCUCUGCCUGCCCAGCGUAACAGGCUCGGAUCUGGAUGCGUCGCUCAUGAACUGGACCUGUUUGGUGUGGGGUGGGCCGAUGCUGUUUGUUCUGAUCUGGUGGGUGGUGGACGCCCACAAGUGGUUCACCGGACCGAAGGUGAACAUCCAACAUAUGAUGCUGGGAAGAGAUGAGAAUGUUAUCGAUGGCAAGGAGGGCUCCGACUCGGGCAGCGGGAUUUCGCCAGCCCCAGCCUCCGAUAUGGACAAGGCAAUCUUGAACAAAGUGUGAGGAGAUGGCGGAUCAAAAGUACGAAGGUUGAUUUUGAAGCGACGUAACCGCUGUUAUCUUUUAUUGUGUCCUUUUGGGAGGAGAGUGUAUGUAUACCCCGUGAUUGGAAGUCCACCUCGACGACUAUCUAGUGUAAUUUGAAUGAGCACUCGACGAAUCUUACUUGGAUUGCCUGUGCACGGGAUUUGCAAUCUCAAUGUGACAAACCUGCACGUGCCUGCGGGCAGCGGGCGAUGCGGAU